ACAGGUGGAAGGAAGGAAGGAGGGCAAAUGUGCGUCCUGAAAAACCAGUGGCGGCUGUCGGCGCCGUUACUCGGGCUCGCGCUCCUCCGGAAUGGCCCCCAGCUGCGUGGGGAACUGCGCGCCGCUGUUCUUCCUCGCGGUGGUGUUCGAUGCCGCCGGGCUGGUGGUGCUGCUGGUCGGGAUUUUCGGCAACCUGAACGUCGACGGCCGCUUCUACGGGGAUUUCCUCAUCUUCACGGGCUCCGUCGUGAUUUUCCUCAGUCUGCUGUGGUGGGUUCCGUGGUACGCGGGGAACGUGCAGCAGUACGCGGAGGACAGGGCCGGUUCGCUGGAGAUCAACUUUAUGCAGUGGGCCAGGAAGCUGUCCGAAAGGCUCUCCAUAGGCGGCAUGAAGCCUCUGGGAGCGGGGGAGGAGAAGAAGAAGAGCGUGGGGGACGGGAAGGAGAUGAGUGGGACUGUGCGUGCUGCGCCGUGUCGAGUUACGUGGGAGACCGGCAGCAGUGGAGCCGUGCCGGGUCAGGACAGCACGGGCUCUGAUGGAUGGCCUGAGCGCGCUCCAGCUGACCGGACCGUGGAGCUGGGGGUGCUGAAGAGCGGCACCGGGGCUCUAGCAGCAGGGGGCAAAGCCGAGAGGCUGCUCUGAGGAGAAGGUGGCGUGCAGCUUUCUGGUCGUGCUGUUUUAUAAAAAUCCAAUCAGACUGAAAACAUUGAGUUUAUGAAAUAAGGACGCUUUUGUUUUUUAAAUGGAAAGAGCAUUUCUUUAUCAGGGAAAAGCCUCCUGCAUGCACGGUAGGCAGAAGGGCUGUGCACAGAGAAAGAAAAGGUCUACAUGUAUAUAGCACAUUUCUAUUUCAUUUUGUGACAGCUGUAAAUAAUUUUUCUUGCCAAUA